CAGCUUUACUCUACUUGGCUUAUCACUAAAUGUGAAUGCGAAUCGUACUAACUCAAUCGUCACGAGGAAGUAGCCUCCCUGCGGACCUGCCUGCCGAUCAUGGAUCCACAGACCAUCCAUUUGCCGUUUCCGGAAAGCCGUGAUCAUGGAAGUCACAUUUAAACACUCGUCCCGUUGAAGAGCUCCCGUGUAAACUCUACUGCUAUUUGUCGGUACUGUAAAGGUUUUCAUAUGUCAUUCAAGGAGUAUGGGAACAAUCCGUUCAAGAUGAGUGAAGUAAUAUCUGAUUGCAUGGUGUCCCCGUCAGUCUCGAUACUGAUACGUCUGGAAGAUAUACCGGAAAUCGAUACUGAAGAGUCCAAAAUUUCAACGAUGACACUGCUUUCCAAUGGAUUUGAUGGUACCGGGGAUAGAGACGACCGACGUCUUGGCUCUACUCAACUACCUUCAGAGAACAAGCUUCUACCGAAACAACGCCCAUUAAGACUUCCACUUCCCCCUUGUAAGAGGAAACUUACUCUUGUCUUUUUGCUUUUGGGCAAGAUGUUGAGCUGAUACUGUGACAGCCUCGCGUCAUCAAUUAGUGACCUCUGCGUUCAAUCCGUUGCCAUUGUCGCCGGCAUUUUCCGAAACAUCUGGCCAAUCUCUCUUAUCCGAAAUCUCAAGAAUAUCAGAAUUAUCGAAGCUUCCACAUGAAGAUGGAGACGAUUAUCGUCUUGAAAAGUCGGAUUUUAUACGCCAAGAGUUGAGGAAACCCGUCGUUCCAAUCAAUGAGAUACACACAUUGGAAAAUCUGAUUGACGACCUGCUACACGAAGGACCAUCUCUAGAAUUUGAAGUUAUUGCCCAUGCUCGGUUGGAUAAAAUAGUGGAGGAGAUCUUGCAACAUGUGAGGAACAAUUUCCUAAGCCAUGGGCCUUCAUUCAGACAAAUUAUGAGAAAAGUACAAAAGCUUCGCGAGCAAUGGAUUGAAACUUUCGGAGAAAGAUAUCAUGCCAUGGAUGAAGAGCGACUGAAGGUCAUGAAGAAGGAUGGCUGUCUCCGGGACUUAGACUUACAAACAACUGGUGAGGUAUCGAAAGUAGAUGGCCCUAUGUGGAAAAUAAGAAGAGUCGAAACCUUUUCAGAGAAGGAAGCAAAUGAAAAUUUUGAGCCUGGAGCGUAAGUUUUCCCUAUCCUCUACAGAGCCGUUAUUUAUUACAAAAUUAACAGCUGGUUUUUAAACACACAUUGCGCCGUGCGUGACGGGAUCGUCUCCGACGCAAAGGAUGGGUUCAUUUGGGGAGGGAAUCGGAAACCUGUUGCAUUUUCCAUGCUCUCCGGCUUUGAAAUCAAAGGUAUCGGAAGAAGAGAGUGGAUACACAUCAUCGAAUCAAGAGUCUGCGCAUAUCAUGCUGUCAGACUCACUUGUGUUGGGUCUGUGGUCAGACUUCUGCGAGGUCACAAGCUGAAGAGUGAGAGGGCACCCAGGCUUGGGGUACGGUAUGAUGGUCUGUAAGUACAUUUCAUCAUUGUGCUCUACAUAUGCUGACUUUAUGUAGCUACAAGGUCGAAAGUUGGGGCCAAGUUCUCUUGAAGCUUUCAUCUGGACCUGACAUUUAUCGUAACACCGUAACCCUUGUAGAACUUGCAGGACAAAACACGAUGGAAGAACUAGAUGUAGUUCCAACCCCAUGGCAGAUGGACGACUUUGUCAUCUAUAACAGGAUGAUUGAGAACGAAAUAAAGGCACGCGAGGGUGAAGCUGCUUACAAAGAACAUAGAUCUUCGGAAAGUAAAAAGGAAACAGCUAGAAAAGUUUUCAUCUCGAAAUUGAAAGCUUACGAUCAGCCUGCAUACAAAUUGCUCGAUGAUAGCACCCACAGACUCGAAAAUGCAUUUCCGCUCCCGCUUUCCUUCGAACCAUAUCCGGCAUCACCCCCAAGGGAUACAACACGGAAUCGGUAGUUUGAGGGUAGAGCGUGUAGUUAACCACGUGAAAUCGAGAUAAAUACGACAGGAGUGGAAUAGGUGAUGCUAAUUUUAGAGGGGAAGAGGAGAAGAAAAAAGCCUGCCAUUAGCUCUCGUAAUGAGAGUAAUGAGAUGUGAUCAGGUUACCUAGUAUAUAACAAUG